AUGGACCUGACGGAUAAAAAUAUUGAGGAUUCUUUUGAAAAAUUUGGAGCCUUGUAUGCUUGGUCAACGAGUAUUUUCAUCUUCCAACUGCUGGCUUUGACGUGGUUCACUGGUCGGAUACGCGUGAGGACUCAGAAAAUAAGUAAAAAAUUGCCGGAUCAAGGAGAGAAGAACAUCCGACCGUUAAGAAAGCCCAAUCGACAGUGGCGUCGCGGCGCAGAAGAAAUGCGCACUAGCAAAAAACGAGGGAAAAUCAUUCCGCGCGCUUAUUGGGUCUCAGUUGCGCGCGCAUGUUCAAAAUAUUAA